AUCACAUCUGUUCGUUCCCUGUACAUCUGAAACCCUAGACUGUUACUUGAUAUCGCCUGAAGGGGAAGGAGCUAGGGAAGUCUAAUGACGACGCGAUUCAAGAAAAAUAGGAAGAAGAGAGGCCACGUCUCCGCCGGCCAUGGCCGAAUAGGCAAGCAUCGCAAACAUCCGGGAGGUCGGGGUAAUGCCGGUGGUCUGCAUCACCACAGGAUUUUGUUCGACAAGUACCAUCCAGGGUACUUCGGUAAGGUUGGUAUGAGGUAUUUCCACAAGUUGCGAAACAAGUUCUAUUGUCCGAUCGUUAACAUCGACAAACUCUGGUCGAUGAUUCCGCAAGAGGCGAAGGACAAGGCAUCACCCGACAAUGCACCUCUGAUCGAUGUCACUCAGUACGGGUUCUUCAAGGUUUUGGGCAAGGGGGUGUUGCCUACCUCACAGCCGAUCGUGGUCAAGACCAAACUAGUUUCGAAGAUAGCAGAAAAGAAGAUUAAAGAGGCUGGUGGCGCCGUCGUCCUCACUGCUUAGGUUACUUCUUCUGCUUCCAAUUUUUGUUUACGGUUUUGAAGUUCUGGAGUUUUGUUUUUUUUAACGAUGAACAGUGUAUUAUUUUGACACCUUCGCAACUGGUUUUGUUAGUCUCGUUUAUGUGUACUCUGUUAUAUCAUUUCAAUGACCAAUCGACACGAUUUCAGUUUUAUUAGUAA